GGACCAUUUACAGAAAAGGAAUGACCGGAAACAGAUAAGACAACAGCAACAACACACUGGUCAAUGGCUAACUCCACGAAAAUGCAUAGAUAAUCUAACAACAACAAAAGCGUAUGUUACUUUACUCGACUUUUUAACGAAAAGAAAGACUGGUAGGUUAUGAUAUUGCGAUCUGUGAUCAACUUUCAGGCAUACUCCUAGGUUCUACAUACCAAAAGACCCAGUAAGGAGUCAGUAUGUUCAGUUUUUUUGGGAAUCGUAAUAAAGACUCUUCCAAGAAGUCAUCGUCAGAGGGUGGUACAGAUGGGUUCGUGAUAAUAGGAGAAACUCUGGACGAGCAGAGGAAGAAGAUCCAGACCGCGAACGUCGGCAAGCCAUCAUGUAACGUUAUUGUGCAACCAUCAAAGUCCUCCAGUACGACACCUACCCAGGCCCACCACUCUCCAGCCCCUGCUCCACCUUCAGUGAUCGCCCCAUCACCAGGGCCUAUGUGGAAGCCCCCCGCGCCCAUAGUGGAGGCAGCCCUGUCUCUCCCAGACCUACUAGGAGAUGUCCCAUUCACCUUGGCCCCCCAUGUUUUGGCCAUGCAGACAGGGGGUCCUGGGUUCCCCCUCUUCUCUGAGAUGCUGAUGUCCCCCCAAGACAUCAAUCACAACCUGGCCUCCUUCACCUACGACUUCACUCUGGAGAACUCUGUGCUCUGUGACCAUUGACCUGUAGAUUGUCUACUUGCUGACUAUGACCGCUGGCCUUUUGAUCUGUCAACCUCCCCUCCAAUACCAGCCCUAUGUCAACCCUGGGUCGUGUUCAUUGGGCAGCAAACAGAUGAAAACGUACUGAAACAAGGUGGGAUUACCUGGGCUUGUCCAAUAAGAAAGACACAUGUUUGUUUUCCUUUCCAAAGUUUUAGCUACGUUUGCCCUACUGAACACAACCUUGGACUGUCUUGGCUCGUUACCAUUCAGGUUUAGUUUCAGUUCUAUAGGCUCUGUCUGAGAAUGGUAGUACUAUAAUUAAUGGUAAACCUGGCUAUGGUGAUGAUCAGAGUUAGAAAACAGGUGUGAGUCAGGUGGGGUCAAAACUGCACCUGCCGGCAGUGAUGUAUGUUACACACAGUAUGUAGGUAGAUGGGUACGCAGAGUUCUACCAUUAAGAUUGUAGACUACUAGUUCAAGGCGAAUCACUUUCUGAUGUGCAUGUGAUAGUAGUGCAGGUUCACUGUUUUAAGAACUGUGUGUAUCAGAAGAGAGCUAGCUUCAAGUCUGAUAGGCAUGCUUCAUCAUAACUUUGUGUUUCAUUUGAACAGUGUCUGGGUCUGUAGAUUCACCUGUUGCUGCUGUUAGUUUAGAAGUCACUGAUUGACCUUUGGGUUUGCACUAAUGUACGUAUGAGACAGAUUUCAGAUCGUUUUCAAAUCUUAUAAAGGAAAUUACACGUAUUAUUCUUUAUCUGGUUACUAUUUUUUUUUCUCUGCUGUCCUCACUUUUGCCAAUGAAGUUAUGAACUCUUUAACAAGACAUUUGAAAAAAACAUUUGUGUAGCAUAAGCAUUUCUAUUGAGGAACUAUGUAGCUUUUUGAUCUAUUUUAAAAUGUAAGGAUAUAUAUCCCCUAUUUUUCAACAUGUAUUAUCAGGACUCACUUGAUAUGGUGACUCUUAUGUGGCCUUUCUCUUUUGAUCAUCAUCAGCAUGGCUCUAAUGAACGCAUCAUGUGUUGCAACUUCCCAAACGCUGUAUUUAUUGUUAUUUAUUCUGAACAAACCAAGUUUCCUCCAGUCUUCAUGGCACUGUUUAGAUUUGACAGUGUGUCCAGGUAUCCUGUCAUGUAUACUGUAUUCAUUGCACACUGGUGAACAAAUUAUCUUGUGAACACACAUAUGUUCAGUUACCUCUGACUGCUGUACAAAUGUGAGAGGGCAAGAAAAUACCAAUUAUAUUUAGUUAAAAUACUUUUUAGGACUAUUAUUUGAAGUAAACUCCUUAUGAGUUAACUCCUAAGACAACCACUCAAGAACCUGAAAAGAUGGCUCAUAAGUUGCUGUUAUUUUCAGUGCAAUGUUGUGGUAUUCCACAUGUGAAAUCAUCCAUAGAGGCUGCAUUUACACACGCAGCCAAAUUAUUCUUUUUUUUGAUCAGUUCUUUUGCCAAUAAUUGUGCAAGAAAAUCUGAAUUGAGCUGCAUGUGUAAUCACAGCCUUACUACUGCAUACAUUAUGAAAUAUUUGUGAUUUACCCUUUCUGGACAAUCCUUUGCUGUGCAUACCUGGAAACAAAGUGUAUUUAUAGCUGUCUGUGUUAAACGAUAAUGUGGAUUUCCCCAGGCCUCUUCCUCUCUUUGUAAUUCAAUCACUGACCUAACAUAGCAUUUUUUUAUUAUUCACCGGCGUGGAAGGCUACAAUUUGAGUUUGAGUAACUUAGUUUGUUUGGUUUACUUGGAAGAAUUUUGGGGGUUUAGUUACGGUGUGGUUAAUUUGUGGUUGUUGUGCAUGUUUGCUAUUAACAAUACAUUGUUUUCAUUUAUCUUGUCAUUUUUAACUGAGGGGUUUUCUCUAAAGAUGGUUGACCUGUAAAAGCAUGAGUACUGUGUUUUUAUUAGUAGUAGCUGGUAUAUAGGAAAUACAGUGCAUUCGGAAAGUAUUCAGACCCCUUGACUUUUUUCACAUUUUGUUACGUUACAUCCUUAUUCUAAAAGUAAUUAAAUCGUUUUUUUACCCUCAAUCUACACACAAUACCCCAUAAAGAAAAACUGAUAUCACAUUUACAUAAGUCUUCAGACCCUUUACUCAGUACUUUGUUGAAGCACCUUUGGCGGUGAUUACAGCCUCAAGUCUUCUUGGUUAUGACGCUACAAGCUUGGCACACCUGUAUUUGGGGAGUUUCUCCCAUUCUCUGCAGAUCCUCUCAAGCUCUGUCAGGUUGGAUGGGGAGCAUCACUGCACAGAUAUUUUCAGGUCUCUCCUGAGAUGCUCGAUCAGGUUCAAGUCUGGGCUCUGGCUGGGCCUCUCAAGGACAUUCAAAGACUUGUCCCGAAGCCACUCCUGCGCUUGGCUGAGUGCUUAGGGUCGUUGUCCUGUUGGAAUGUGAACCUUCGCCCCAGUCUGAGGUUCUGAGAACUCUGUGGCAGGUUUGCAUGAAGGAUCUCUCUGUACUUUGCUCUGUUCAUUUUUCUCUCGAUCCUGACUAGUCUCCCAGUCUCUCCAGCUGAAAAACAUCCUCACAGCAUGACGCUGCCACCACCAUGCUUCACUGUAGAGAUGGUUCUAGGUUUCUUACAGACUUGACACUUGGCAUUCAGGCAAAAGAGUUGGUUUCAUUAGACCAGAGAAUCAUGUUUGAGUCCUUUAGGUGCUUUUGGCAAACUCCAAGCAGGCUGUUAUGUGCCUUUUUUACUGAGGCUUGGCUUCAUUUUGGCCACUUUACUAUAAAGGCCUGAUUGGUGGAGUGCUGCAGAGAUGAUUGUCCUUCUGGAAGGUUCUCCCAUCUCCACAGAGGAAUUCUGGAGCUCUGUCAGAGUGACCAUCGGGUUCUUGGUCACCUCCCUGACCAAGGCCCUUAUCCCCCAAUUCCUUAGUUUGGCUGGGCGGUCAGCUUUAGGAAGAGUCUUUUGGUUAAUUCCAAACUUCUUCCAUUUAAGAAUGAUGGAGGCCACUGUUCUUGGGGAUUUUCAAUGCUGCAGACAUUUUUUGGUAUCCUUCCCCAGAUCUGUGCCUCAACACAAUAAUGUCUCGGAGUUCUACAGACCAUUCCUUCGACCUCAUGGCUUGGUUUUUGCUCUGACAUGCACUGUCAACUGUGGGACCUUAUAGACAGGUGUGUGCCUUUCCAAAUCAUGUCGAAUGAAUUUAAUUUACCACAGUUGGACUCCAAUCAAGUUGUAGAAACUGCUCAAGGAUGAUAAAAGGAAACAGGAUGCACCAGAGCUCAAUUUCAAAUCUCAUAGCAAAGGGUCUGAAUACUUAUGUAAAUAAGGUAUUUCUGUGUAAGUUUUUGUAAAUUAGCAAAAAUGUCUCAACCUGUUUGGCUUUGACAUGAUGGGGUAUUAUGUGUAGAUUGAUGAGGGAAAACAUGCAUUUAAUCCAUUUUAGAAUAAGGCUGUAACGUAAGUAAAUGUGGAAAAUGUGAAGGGGUCUGAAUACUUUCUGAAUGCACUAUAUGUCAAAUUGGGUUAGAGGAUAUGUUUUACAUGCUAUCUGCCCUACUUACCUGCUUCUGUUUUCAUAAUGCUAGUACCUGACCAUCAGCCAAGUAUUUGCACAUUAUCCUGAUAUCAUGUACUCAGUGUUGGGGAAGCUACUUUGAAAUUAUAGUUUACUUCACACUGGAAGAAGUUAAGCUACCCGUAAACUAUAUAUUUAACUAAAGUUUCUUUGAAAAGUAGUUCAUUACAUCCAAAGUCCUUUAUCAUAUGUAGAUCUGAAAUGCCAUAGACAACAAUUUGCAAGAACAGAUCACUCUGUAGUCAGAUGUUAAACUAAUAUGUAAUUUAUCCAAUUAAUCACAACAACAAAAUUCAAGUGAGAAUUUGGACGGUCCGAUGAUGAAAAAGAAAGAUGAUUGCCUAUUUCACCCAUAUUUUAUUUUUGGAAAAGAGUAGUAGAAUGUAGUUCCAGUAGUUAGCCACACCACUAAAUGGCAAAAAAGUACUUAGCUACUGAAAACACUACCUUGAUUUGAAUUUAGUUCAAUUACCACCAAGCUACUGCAAAAAUGUUAUUAAAUCACUAGUUGAACUACAUGUACAGUACUUCACUACUCCCCAACACUGCAAGUACUGUAACUUCAAAUUGAUAUUAAGAGUUAGGGAGGAUGUUACAUGCAAUACUACAUCCGGUAAACCUCUGAACAUGCAGUUGUGUGUUCUUUGAAAAUGUGCCUACCUCUGAAGAAAUUUGAAUGCCACUUUAAAAGCAAACCAUUUUACCUUGUGGUAUAUCUGCCAAGUUUACACCCCCUUAUUCUGAAUCCUGUCUUCAGCUUUACUUCCUUUUCAGUCCUUGUCCAAUGCCUUUUAUUUUGCUUCUGUAUCCUCUUUGUGUUUUCAUUGUAUAUGAAUUUGAUUGUGAAUCAGCUAUACAUAAUUUUAUUUGUUUGAAUGUACAAAAGCAGACUAUUAAAAAAUAUGUAAACUGGCCACUACUAUAAUGAUUCUUAUCUUGUUGGUAGGGAAAAUACAUAUGGUGCAAGUUUACUACUUUGUAAAUCUGUAAUAAAUAUGUUUGAACAGCAA